AUGUCGAAAGCCACCAUCGCCGUCAUUGCCGCCGUCAGCGCCGGCGCCGGUGCAGCGGCCACGGCGGCCAUGUGCAGCGACUCGCACACUCCCAUCGCCAAGGUGAAGACCGCACUACUCUUCGAAUACGGCUUCCCCGGCCCCACCGCCGACCUCGCAACCCGACAAGCCCUGAUCUCCUCCUACGACCGGCGCACACGCAACCCGCACUGGGUGGCGGAGCACAUCACGCCGUCGUCGCUGAGCAUCCGCGACGGCGACCGCAAGCACAGCGCCUUCCUGGAGGACCCGGCCAUCCCGGACAAGUUCCAGGCCAAGCUCAAGGACUACGCGCGCUCGGGCUACGACCGGGGGCACCAGGUGCCCGCCGCCGACUGCAAGUGGUCGCAGGCCGCGAUGAACGACACCUUCUACCUGAGCAACAUGUGUCCCCAGGUCGGCGAGGGCUUCAACCGCGACUACUGGGCGCACUUUGAGGAUUUUUGUCGGCGGCUGACCCAGCGCUAUCCGAGCGUGCGCGUUGUGACGGGUCCGUUGUAUCUGCCGAAAAGGGAUGUGGAGGACGGGAAGUGGUACGUCAAGUACGAGGUGAUUGGGAACCCGCCGAAUGUGGCGGUGCCGACGCACUUUUACAAGGUGAUUUAUGCCGAGGAGCAGACCGCGCCGGGGGGGAAGGUGGCGCUGGGGGCGUUUGUGCUGCCGAAUGCCGUGAUCCCCAACGCGAAGCCGCUGAGCGACUUUGAGGUGCCGCUGGAGGCGGUGGAGAGGGCGAGUGGCCUGGAGUUUGCGAGCAAGCUGCCGGCGGCGAGGAGGAAGCGGUUGUGUGCCGAGACGAGUUGCUCUGUGGUGGUGAAGGAGUAUGCGGAGCUGCAGAAGGCGUUUGCGAAGAAGUAG